AUGCCGCGAGCAGCUGCCGCCUGCAAAGUCUGCCCCAUACGUCACAAAUGCUACGGAGACAAUGACAUUGGGAGCAGUAGCAAAGCCGACAGCAUCGGCGGUGCUGGUGAAAUAAAGGCCACAGACACCACCACAUCCGCACCCCUCGUUAGGAAAACCAACUGGGACCCACUCUACACACCCGACAUGUGCCUCGAGUGCGCACGCGUCUGUCUCAUCGCGCUGAAAUGGGAAUACGAGGAUGUGUGGCGCGCCAUUGGCCAGCUCUCUCACAUCAUGUCCGCUAGUGCGCUCGAUGCUCGAUCUGCGCUGAGGCUGACCAGGGAGAUGCAUAAGAAGAGCAGGCUACAGCGCAAAAACAUGGCCGACCUGUCCGUGCUGAAGAGGAAGCUGGCCAUGGAGAUCAGGGUGGUGACGUGUCGGGUGAUGAACGCGGACAUGGCGGAGGAGAAGAGGAAGGAAGAGGAACGGGAAGAAGAGAAGCAUAGGAGGAGUGUGUUUGAUGGUGAGGUGGUAGGGGUUGAGGAAGGUGGACCCUUAAGGAUGGAGUUGGAGGAGAUGUGUGGGAGUGCUGCGGUAAAGAGCGUCCGUUCAGCAUAUGACGGAUCAAGUCCUGCUCUCGAGCGGGAGAUGUUGUGCCCAGGGGGUACGGCCUCAAAGCGUCAAUACCACACGUAUCUGCAAGAUACAGCGGACUCCGAAGGGCGACAGAGCGUGGCUAAAUCCGCAGCUACUCGACCUAAGAAGGUGUCCUUCGCGCCCGGCACAUUCGACGAAUUGGACCCCGCUUUGGAUGUAGGUGAGGGGAAUUUGCGAUUCAGCCGACUAGGUCGCACAUAUCGGCCCGGAGUUUAUGCAGGCAAAGCGUAUUACGAUACGUCUGGGUGGCACGAGUAUCCCGAGGACCAGAACCAAGAGGACCAGAGGGACCGGAAGUCCAAUGUUGAGGGCUCCAAAUACCAGCCAAGUCGGAGACACGGCUGGACUGCCAACCCCUCGACGUACAUCACACCUAUCGUGAUCCUGACCAACGAGAUGGGAGAGAGUCGGACACUUGUACGAGCAACGUUGCCAGAAGAAGAGUCGCUGCCCUUCGUCAUCGCUGUGGAUCCGGAGAUAAAAAUUCUACGUCUCGUGACUUCACCGUUAAUCCAGAGAAAUGUCGACCGUUUCAUCAACAGGGGUAAGCCCACGUUCCGAUGGGAAAUGGAUUUUCAAUAUACAACAUUUUAUGACGACUUGGGAAUGCUGAGGAAGCUGUUCUGGUUGAGGGGCGAAUUGUGGAUCAAGACUUCCUAUAUAAAAAGGAGAGGAAAAAAGACAGUAACGAUGGACAUAUACUCGGAGCCUUGGCACGAUUCUGUCGGGUUUGCAAAGAGGCGUAGGACAUUGGGAAUGAUUCUCAGAUGGAUGGGGAGGUGGAAGGCAAAGAGGGCUGGCUCGAUUGAAAGGAAGCACCGUUAG